CGGCGGACUGAGGACGUGCAGCUCAGAGGGCAAGUUCGCGACUGUCUGUGGUGGCCCAGGUUUCAAACCCUUCCUUCCCUCUAGAGAGGAUCUCAAGGGGGCCGCACAGGUGAGGCGUGGUUCCGUCACUGUGGGAAAUUUCUGGACCCAGGAUUGGAGCUGUCGGGAGGAGGCAUGGCCUCAGCCACAACCAGCAAGAAGGUGAGAGAGGAGGCCACCUGCUCCAUCUGCCUGAACCUGAUGACUGAGCCCAUGAGCAUCAGCUGUGGACACAGCUACUGCCAAGCAUGCAUCCUGCGUUUCCUGGGCAACCUGCCCAACCUGCCCUUCAUGCGGCCAAUGCCAGAGAUGUUCUCCUGUCCCCAGUGCCGGGCUCCAUUCCAUAGAUCCAGCCUGCGGCCCAACAAGCAGCUGGGCAGCCUCAUUGAAGCCAUCAAGGAGCUGGACCAGGAAAUGUCCUGUGAGGAACACGGAGAGCAACUGCACCUGUUCUGUGAAGACGAGGGCCAGCUCAUCUGCUGGCGCUGCGAGCGGGCCCCGCGGCACAAAGGGCACGCCACGGUGCUGGCGGAAGACGCCUGUCACGGCUACAAGGAAGAGCUCCAGAAAGUCCUGACGAAACUGAGGCAACUGGAAGAGGAAUGCACGAACCAGAAGGUGCUCCUGACGAAGCAGAUGACUGAGUGGAAUGAGAAGAUAAAUGUUACGAGACAGAAAAUCCAGUCUGACUUCAAGACUCUGCAGAGGUUCCUGCGGGAAGAGGAGAAAUCUUACCUGUGGAGACUAGAGAGAGAGAAAGAGCAGACUCUGCAAAGACUGAGGGACAGCGAGGCCAGACUGGGGCAGAAGAGCAGUGAACUCUCGAGCCACAUCCUGGAGCUGGAAGAGAGGUGUCAGGGCUCUGCUCAGAGGCUGCUGCAGGACGUGAAGGGUGCCUUAAGAAGGAGUGAGGCUGUGGGGCUGGAGACACCGGAGGCCCUGUCUUUGGAGAUCUGUACCGUGUGCGAUGUUUCAAAGCUUUACUUUGACUUGAAGAAACUGUUAAGGAGUUAUCAAGUCAGCGUGACUCUGGAUCCAGACACGGCUCACCACGAACUAAUUCUGUCUGAUGAUCAGAGACAAGUGACUCGGGGGUACCCCCAGGACACUCAGGGCACUUCUCCCGGGAGUUUCACUGUCUCCCCCUGUAUCCUGGGCCGUGAGGGCUUCACCUCAGGGCGAUAUUACUUCGAGGUGGAUGUGGGAGAAGGGAGCGGGUGGGAUGUGGGUGUCUGUGCGGAAAGUGUGCAGAGGCACACCGGCACAGUGCAGAGGCCCGAGGCCGGCUUCUGGGCCAUCCGGCUCUGCACCAAGGACGGCUACGUGGCACUGAGCUGGCCCCGAACUCCCCUACAUCUGAAGGAGCAGCCCCUGGUCGUGGGGGUUUUCCUGGACUGUGAGGUUGGAAUUGUUUCCUUCUACAACAUGACCACGGGCUCCCACAUCUUCACCUUCCCCAAGGCCCUUUUCCCGGACACGCUGCGGCCCUAUUUCCAGGUUUAUCCCUAUUCUCCCUUGUUCCUGCCGCCCCCGGAAUGAGUGAGAAAGGAGCCCUCUCCUUCUUGGCUUAAUUAACAUAGAGAAAUAAUGUAACACCAUAGGGCAGAAUUAUGUCCCAUGGUCUUCACCGCUAUUUCCUUGUAACUAGAACAGUGCUGGGAUAUUGGUAGAUCCAUAAUAAACCUUCAUUGAGAAAAUGGAUGUGAAGACUAAAAAUGCCACUGCUGGUCAGUCUGAGCUUUGCCCUCUUCAACCCCUUCAGUUGAUUCAGAGUUCUGAUUCCCGGAAGUCUGGGUGAUCAGCAGGGUGCCUCAGACAGAGGCCAGGAGGUCCAGGUCCUGCUGGUGUGUAGGACAGUUUCUGCUGCUAUGGGGAUGAGGGAAAGCUGCAGGUAUUUCUGCCCACCGCACAAAAAAGCAGGAAAAUCAAAAUAGUGGAAUCUUCUAGCCACUGACAUGUUGAUUAAUAAUCUGAGCCUUGAUCCUGGGGCACAUGGUAGGUGUAGAAACCAUCAGAUCUGGUGAGCUCUUCCCAGAGAAUAACCCAUGUGUGAGAGAAGACCAAGAAUUGGCUCAGUGAGAAAUUUCAAAUGGGGAGGAGACUGAGAGUCAAGUGAAUUUUGAUGGGGAUUCAGUCCUGGGAAAGAAGUUGUUUCCUAGCUUGUGCUAGCUCCAACUGCCUUGAAAUAUUUUUAAAUCUCAGUAAAUAGUUAUUGCUGGCAUGAUUGCUGGCAGUCUUUAUUAUGAGUUAGAUAUGAACAAAUAGGCUUUAACUAUACAGAUUUAUUGUAAAAAAAAAGUUCCAUGUCCAACCUAUAUUAUCAAACCAGAGUUGGCUAAUAACAAUACCAGUCCGAGGUGCAUAAAAGGUCCCCAGUUUACAAAACCAAUGGAAACUGACCUAUGCUCUCCCAAGACAAUGGGGAGGUCAACUUAUAUAGUCAGCCCUCAUUUAUCGUGGUUAAUCAGUUCCAGGCUCUACCGUGGUAAAUGAUUCCCGCGAAAUAGGAUUCCUUAUGUACAGUCGUCCCCUCGCCACCUUGGCUUCAACGUUAGUGGCUUCACUCUGUCAUGGUUUUCAAAUGCCUGCACUGGUCCCUGAUUAGUCCACUUGUAUGUGCACUAGGAAUCCAAAUUUGCCGUUAGAUUGGUCCAAACAGCCUGUCCCGAUUGGUCGUUAGGGAGCCAUUCUGAUUAGUCAGUAAAGGUGCAAAUAAAUAUAUCUGUGCAGUUCUGGUUGGAUGGGGCAGGUCUCAGCCCAUUGGUCAAAUUAUAACUCCAGGAGCUCCUUUGUAAGGGUCCACUCUCCUCACAGGAACUCAACGAAGGGGGCUAGCAACAGCGUUUGGUUAUCUCCUGAGGUGCAGCGUGAGAGGUCUCUGCCAGCGAUUGCUGCUACACUCUGGUUAUGGAUUUGAUCUCAGUUAAUUAUUAGAAGUUCUCGACAGGCAUAUUCCUUCUUGAGGUUCUUAAUACCUAAUACAGUAGUUAGUUCUGUUGACACCAGGAGUGAAUGUGCCUGUUAAGAAGGGCUCUUGGUGGCUGAUUGGGCUCAGAUUUAUAAACAGACUUGUAGGCAUUGCUAACCAUGUACCUCUUAGGCUCUCUGUGCUUCAGGGAAAAGCUGCACUGAGCUGUCAGCCUCCUGAAUGUGUUACUGCCAUUUGAGCUGACUCAGUGAAGGAGUUCUUCGGCUUAUAAAUCAACCAGUCGGCCAAAGAUAUGCUCCCUAACUGGGGCCUGGCAGCCAUUCCUUAUUUGCAUCUUCACUGACACCAGAGCCACUCCUAACUGACCAAUUAAACUGUGAGGCUUUAGUGUUUUCGUCUACAAGGAAAUGGACCAGUCGAGGACAGUUGGCAGGCUCUCUUCUUCAUAUCAGCCAGCUUUAAUUCUGCCCCAACAGGCGUGCACUGUUGGUUUCUACAGAAGACUGCUCUUUGUGGCCGCGCCUAUAACACAGAAGCUGUCUCACGGGGACAGAACCAAACUGCAACACGGGCUGAAACAUUGGGCCUCCACUCCCCAGGAUCUCACAGCUGUGCUUUUUUACAAUUAUGGUUUUUUGGGGGGUGGGGGUGGGGGAUCGGUUCUCAGUGAAUAAAGUUUCUCCUUUACUGCACUCCAAAUUGGGGACUUAUGUUGGUGUUGAGUUGCU